CGUGUGCGCCGCACCGGCCGGCAUCUGCGUGUACACACAUACGUUACGUUAACAGCCGAUCUCCAUCAGUUCAUAUCGUCACUGCACUGCUGCGUUUUAUCAAUUGUUCCACCAUAUGCCAGAAGUUUCCGUUUUACACGACGACUUCGACAUUUUGUAGCAGACCACUGAAGCAGUUUCCACUUGAGUCGCGAUCAGUCUCACGAUGAAUGGGCCAAACGCAGAGUAUUCGGCGCAGAAGAGGAAGACCACUUUCCCCGGCUUUGCCACAGCAGCCAUCCACGCCGGCCAGGACCCCGAGCAAUGGGCCUCGCACGCCGUGACGCCGCUGAUCUGCAUGUCGACAACAUUCAAGCAGUCUGCCCCAGGAGAAUUGAAAGCGGGGUAUGAGUACAGUCGAGGGGGCAACCCUACCCGGAAAGCCCUAGAAGAAUGCAUCGCAGCGUUAGAUGGUGCCCAAUACGGUUUGGCAUUUGGGUCUGGCCUUGCUGCCACGACUGCCAUUUGCCAGAUGCUUAAAAGCGGCGACACCCUGGUGUGCAUGGACGACCUCUACGGGGGCACCAACCGAUUUUUCAACCGCAUUCUGGUCAAUUCCGGCGUGAAAAUCAAAAUGGUGGAUGCCAGCAAGGUGGCGUUGGUAGAGGCGGCUAUUGAUUCCAACACAAAGCUGAUUUGGAUUGAAACCCCUACCAAUCCCACGCUGAGGCUGGUGGACAUAGAGGAAAUUUGUAAGGUGGCUCAUCUUCACGACAUCAUCGUGGUUGUCGACAACACCUUUGCUUCGUCCUACUUCCAGCGCCCUCUAGACUUCGGAGCCGACAUUGUGCUUCACUCUGCGACAAAGUACGCCAACGGUCACAGCGACGUUGUCAUGGGGUUGGUUACCACAAAGCGGGAGGACAUCAAAAGCAAGUUGUACUUUUUACAGUAUGCCUCUGGGGGCGUCCCCUCACCCUUCGACUGCUUCUUGGUGAACCGUGGGCUCAAGACGUUGCACGUGCGCAUGCGAGAGCAUGAGAAGAAUGCCCUUGCUGUCGCGAGAGCGCUGGAGGCCAACCCCAGGGUGGCGAAGGUCACUUACCCAGGACUGAAGUCUCAUCCUCAGCAUGAGCUGGCCAAGAAGCAGAUGCGGGGCUUUGGCGGCAUGGUGACCUUCCGCAUCAAGGGAGGACUGGUGCAGGCCCGGGACUUCUUCAAGUACAUCAAGGUCUUCACACUGGCUGAGAGCCUAGGAGGGUUUGAAAGCCUGGCUGAGCUGCCUGCGAUCAUGACUCACGCUUCGGUUCCACCAGACCAGCGCGUGGCUCUGGGCAUCGACGAUACGCUCAUCCGCCUCUCUGUGGGUAUAGAGGACGAGGAGGACCUAGUCAAGGAUGUGACUCAGGCCCUGGAGAAGGCUGUUCCGGAGUCAAUGCUGUAAUGUUGGACACUUCUAAAUGUGCAAAUUCGGAUAAGCAGAGGUCAGCGUUGUUCAGUAUUUAGGCAUAAUAAGGAUGUGCAUUUUUCUAAUUUUUAUUUGUGGUGGAUUAUAAUGCACUGCUGAUCGCACGCAUUAAUGAAGUAUGUCAUCAGUUGGCUGGAAUGUGUCAGUUUUAGCAGCGGAUGGCUCAGGACAAAUCUUCAUCUGCUGUUGUUAAGUUGUCGAAAUCUUUCCCUAUUGUUGAGAUGGCUAGUCACUGAUGGCUUGGGGUUACUUUCUUUUUUUUCUGAAUUUUCGGACACACCUUUAUUCCGGCCCACUUUGCCACAAGCUUUUUACUAUUUAUUGUUAGCUGAAAAGAGUAAAAAAACGUGGACAACAAAAAGGAAGGUAGAAAAAUAACUUUGUCAGAAUUUGCAUUUUAAAUUUCCUUAAGCUUUUGGUUUAACUCUCUCAAAAUGGGGUCGGUUCCUUUGUUUUCAUGUUUCUGUAUUGAACAAUUUCCUUUCAACCAGCAAAAUAGUGGUCAUCACGGACUCCAUGCAGAAGUGCAGUGGUAACAGAGAAAAGGCACAGGUGGACACUUGAAUACCAUCGCUGCCUUGCAUCUGAUACCCAUGUGGAGACUCUGUGGCUUUGUGCGCAUUGAAAUGAAAUUUUUUUGCAUACCUCACUCUUUACAUGUACCAAAGCCCUUAUUGGUAGUAGAAAAAAGUACCAGCCACUCAUUUGCAUGGAGUUGGAAUAUACUUAUUUGGGUAUUAUCUUUAUAUUUAAUACUGAAUUACCUAUUUUAACAUGAUGCUCUUAUGCUGAAGCAUAGACUAAGUUAACUUUCACCGUUACUAUAUUAAAAGUGUUUCAGUUCAUUAAACCCACUCGUAUUUACACUUAAACACGGCAGACUAUCAAGGCUUAGGUAUUACAGCAAGAAUGUUCAUGUUCAAGUUUUGUGGGUCACACCCCCACAACUUGUUAUUUGAAAGUGAGAUGUGAUUUGCUGAAUUGUAUCCAUUUGGUCACAGACAAUCUUUUUGAGAGGGAAUUGUUGCUGGAUAGUAAGGCUUGUGUUACAUUUGUGGUAUUUGUGGCAGUGUUUUCUUGUAAAGGCAUUAACCUAAAUUCUUUACUUUUUCAGACUUAAUUUAAGGGAGAAAAAAUACCAGGCAACUAUUUUAUUACACAUUAAAAUCACUUAUUGUUCAUAUUGAAUUUAUACAAAACUCUUUGUAUGCAAGGAACUGUUAUUAUGCAAUCUUCUGAACUUCUGUCUGGUGAGACAGUAACAAACGACUGAAAAUAUUUUAGAAGCAUAGAUCAUUACAGAGUCACAAUACAUGUAUAUACGCGUGUUAUUAACGAUAAUAUUUUUAAUAUCUCUUGGUCAGAAGUUUUCCUGAUUUAAAAUGUAUCCUUUUAUCCUAUUGAAAUAUUUAAGACACUACUAUUUAUGUAAUGUAGAAUCGGCUUGAUACAUGUUGCUUUAUUUUCUGUUCUCUUCUUUUGUCGUAAAUAUGCUGUAUUGACUUGGUCAUUAGGAUAAUCACAAUGAAUAAUCAAUUGUUCUGCACAAAAUAUGUGGAAAAGGUUGUGUGAUCUAAGCGUAAUCAGAAGCAAUAAAAUCCUCAAAGGGAUUUCCUGGAGUGAA